GCUCAUUUGAUUCAAACUUAUGCAGGAAUUACUGUCAACUUUGCAGCCGCAUCGAACGUAUUCGUUUUCUAUUCAAUAAAUUCCGAAUAUCGUGAAGCUAUCCGUGCCUUAUUUGGACAAUCCAAGAAAAUCGGAGCAAUUCACACCGAGACAUCUACAUCUCAAGAAGUGGUUCAUAAUUCAAAACGAUCAAAGUCUGUUUCUAUAUUAUCAAUGCCCAAGUUUGUCUCAUCAUCUAAAUUAUCUUCCACAAAUCCCAGAAGAAUGACACUUGUUUGAUCUAAUUUUGCUUUGACCACUUCAUCUUUGUGUAACCAUGUGAGCUCCGCCCUUUCUCAUUCGCGUUUUCCCAUGUGAAUAUUUGGGAUGGCUGAUAGUGUUGCUGAUGUUGAUUUGAGCUAUAAACUACAUUCUAUAAAAAUCUUUUCGAUCUUCUCAAACUGUUUCAUUUCUGCUCAAAAUGUUUGAUUAUAUUGACCCACUUAUUCUCCCACUCGGUUUCUUUUUCUUCUUCUGUUCUGUGAUUGGAGUUAUUGGAAAUGUUAUUAUGGUUAUUUGUACUAUUAGAACAAAACGCUUCCGUUCACCGUGCCAUCUUCUCAUUUGUGCAACAUGCAUCGCAGAUUUGCUUCAUGUUUGUGGUCAAUUCCCUUUUUGUGUACAUCUUUUUGGAAAUUUAACUUCCUCACAAGCUCAAUGCUUCUAUAUUCUUACAAUUCCCAUCGUUGGUUUCACUACUGGUGGACCAUUAAUUUUAAGCAUGGGGAUUGAUAGAUUCAUAGCUGUUAAGUUUCCAACGAAAUAUCGUUAUUACCAAGAAGAGCCAAAAUUUUAUGUACUUGGUCAAUUGGCGUUUCCUUUAUUAUACAGCGUGUUUUUCUUGGUGUAUGGGUUCAUUGUUCGAGAUACAAAUGUUAAAAACCAACUCGUGUGUUCAAACCCGCUGUCCCUGAAUGGAUCUUCAUUUCAAAUGUUCACAUAUUCCAGUGCUGUUAUCUAUGUUGCUGUAGUGCUUGUAUACUCCGCUGUUUACCUCAUGUUAAAAUCCAACAAAGCCAGUGCUAGAUUCAAAAAUGUCUUCCGAUCGAUAUUGGUUACCGUUGGAUUUGUACUACUGGGUUGGGUGACCACUACAACAGCUAACACUUUAGCGUUUGUUGUUACGAGUGACCUUUUUACGAUUCAACUCAUUCAAAUGUAUGCUGGAAUUACUGUCAAUUUUGCUGCCGCGUCUAAUGUUUUUGUGUUUUAUGCAAUCAAUUCCGAGUACCGAUCCGUGAUAAAAACAAUGUUCGGAAUAAGCUUGAAAGGUGUAAUGAUCUUCGAACCAUCAAGUACCCAAACAGUUACAAAAGUUGCCCCAGCUCGUUCAACAUCUCAACCAUCAAUCAUGUUCCAAAAAUCUUCUUUAACAGCAGCAGCUCGACGAAUGACAGUUGUAUAAUGCAUUUCUUUCACUUCUAAUAUUUUUCAAAUGUAUCCUUAUGCAUAUAUUUUUCACAUUUGUCGUUUCAAUAAAUUGGUUAUUUGGUC